AUGGCCUUCAUCAGACUUAAUUUCACAGCACAGAUGACACACCAGACACAGCCUCACAGCCUCAGCUUUACAGCCUCACAGCCCCAGCCAAAGACUCACAGCUCCAACCCCAGGCUCACAUCCCCACCCAAAGCCUCACAGCUCCAACCCCAGCCUCACAACCCCAGCCACAGUAUCACAGCCUCAGUCCCAGCCUCACAGCCCCAGCCUCACAGCCUCACAGCCCCAGACUCACAGACCCCAGCCUCACAGCCUCAGUCCCAGCCUCACAGCCCCAGCCUCACAGCCCCAGCCCCAGCCUCACAGCCCCAGCCUCACAGUCCCAGCCUCACAGCCCCAGCCCCGGAGUCACAGCUCCAGAAUCACAGCCCAAGACUCACAGCCCCAGCCUCACAGCCCCAGCCUCACAGCCCCAGCCUCACAGCCCCAGCUCCAGAGUCACAGCCCCAGCCUCACAGCCCCACCCCAGUCUCACAGACCCCAGCCUCACAGCCCCAGACUCACAUCCCCAGUCCCAGGCUCACAACCCUAGUCACAGCCCCAGCCCCAGCCUCACAGUCCCAGCCUCACAGCCCCAGACUCACAGCCCCAGCCUCACAGCCCCAGCCCCAGAGUCACAGCCCCAGCCUCACAGCCCCAGACCCAGAGUCACAGCCCCAGCCUCACAGCCCCAGCCCCAGCCUCACAGCCUCAGCCUCACAGCCCCAGCCCCAGACUCACAGCCCCAGCCUCACAGCCCCAGACCCAGAGUCACAGCCCCAGCCUCACAGCCCCAGUCCCUCAGAGGCCCAACAACAUUCUCACCGCCCUAGUCACAGCCUCAGAUCCCCAGCCUCACAGCCCCAGCCCCAGAGUCACAGCCCCAGCCUCACAGCCCCAGUCCCAGCCUCACAGCCCCAGACACACAUUCCCAGCCUCACUGCCCCAGUCUCACAGACCCCAGCCUCACAGCCCCAGACUCACAUCCCCAGUCCCAGGCUCACAACCCUAGUCAUAGCCCCAGCCCCAGACUCACAUCCCCAGUCCCAGGCUCACAACCCUAGCCCCAGCCCCAGCCUCACAGUCCCAGCCUCACAGCCCCAGACUCACAGCCCCAGACUCACAGCCCCAGCCUCACAGCCCCAGCCCCAGCCUCACAGCCCCAGCCUCACAGCCUCAGCCUCACAGCCCCAGACUCACAGCCCCAGCCUCACAGACCCAGCCCCAGCCCCAGAGUCACAGCCCCAGCCUCCCAGCCCCAGAGUCACAGCCCCAGCCUCACAACCCCAGCCUCACAGCCCCAGCCUCACAGCCUCAGUCCCUCAGAGGCCCAACAACAUUCUCACCACCCUAGUCACAGACUCAGAUCCCCAGCCACAGUCUUACAGGCCCCGCUCUCCCUGGAGCAAGAGGAAAAGGUUGGCAUACCCUCGGCCCAGAUGUUCAUCCGCUGUUGUCGCCAUACCUGGAAAAGAGCCCGGUCAGCUCUUCUCAAGACCACCUCCAGGUACCGACGACAAGCGGACUGCCAUCGGACCCUGGCUCCCCACACAUCUGACGCUACUGAGGGCUUAUGAUGGAGCGGCGGCGGGUUGCCAGGGGUUUCUGCUUCAGCUGGAGCUAUACCUGGCCACCAUCAGACCCACUCCAUCAGGAGCAGAGAGGGUUCCUCUGCUGUGUCCCACCCUGCACGCCCAGACCUCUGACCAGGACCCCCGACCAGGACCCCUGACCAGGACCCCCGUUCCGGACCCCCGACCAGGAACCCUGACCAAGACCCCCAACCAGGACCCCCGACCAGGACCCCUGACCAAGACCCCCGAUCAGGACAAUUGA